AUGGAGGAACCUUGUUACAGCUUCGAGCAGGAAGACCCCACUUCUGAAUUUUUCUUCUGGGACCAAGAUCCCAGUGAUGAGCUCCAGCUGGACAACCUCCUUCUGGAGGAUUUCUCCCUGGCAGACCACUUGUUCCCUUGGCCUUCCUCUGCAUGCCCGCCCGCAGCCGCCACUAGCCCGGUAGCCCCGCCGAACCUGUUGAACGGAGCGCCGGAGCGGGUGCCGGGUGCUGAAGUGGACAGCUCCCCUCCGCCCGGCCCCGCCGCGCCGCGCCCCGGCAGCGCCCACCGUCGGGCCGCCAACGUCCGAGAGAGGAAGAGAAUGCUCAGCAUCAACUCGGCCUUCGAUCAGCUCAGGUGCCACGUUCCGACUUUCCCGUACGAGAAGCGGCUCUCCAAGAUCGAUACACUCCGCCUGGCCAUCGCGUACAUUGCUCUCCUUGGGGAGAUCCUGCUCUCUGGCUGCGAACCCAAAUCCUACGUGGAGCAGUGCCUGAAGAGCAAUUUGCAAAGCCACCACCAGGCAACCUGGAAUAUAAGCGGUGAGCAAAACAACGAUUUUAUUUUCAGAGAUUGCUGAAAUCCCAUGGGUUGCCAGUGAGAGGGAAUCUGCCAAAUUGCUUUUGAAAAAUCAUUUGUCACAUUCAACUAGCUAUGACAAUUUAAAGAUUUUCUCCAGUUUCUUUAAGUCUUUUCUUUAGCUUUUGCCUGACUGAGACACCUGGCUUUGAGUGUAAACAGAAUCUAAUUUCUUAAAAUACAUAUGUUAAAGGGUUUCUCAGACAUGUUACAGUUUGACAUUGAGAACUAGGUUACACAAGAACUUGCACUCUAAUUUCAGAUUCGAUUUCAAGUAUAAUGGAGUGAAUAUCUGUUUGCAAUUAUAUUCUUUGAUAAUAUUUAUAUUUUAAAAUGAAAAGUUGAUAUUCUGUUCUCUAUUUG